UAAUAACUACAACAACGGGCCUAGUAACGGGAUGGUUAACACCAAUGAUCUCACAUAUUCUAAAUCGACGGACAUCUAUCGAAGUGAAUGAUACUGAAAUGUCGUGGAUUUUAUAUAUUACUACACCUGGAUAUAUCUUUGGAAGUUUGUUGACACUUUUUGUUUGCGAUCGCUAUGGCAGACGACCGACUUUGUUACUUAGUGCUGUAUUUUAUUUCAUUGGGAUGAUAUUUUCUGCAGUAGCGAACGCAGCUUGGAUGCUGUGUGUUUCGCAGUUUCUUUGGGGCAUCGGUACGGGUAUUGUAUUAAUUGUAGUAACAGUGUAUUUAGCAGAAAUAGCUGAACAAGAUAUCCGUGGUAGGCUUUGCGUAGUGUCUAGCUUCAUGACCGACGUUGGGAUUCUCUUUAUCGUCGGUGUUGGGGCUUUGGUGUCAUACAGAGCCUUUAAUUAUUGGCUCCCACUUAUGCCAGUAUUAUUCUUCGCAGCUUGCUAUUCUAUCCCUGAAUCUCCGUAUUAUCUUAUUAAGAAAGGUAAUAUUGAUCAAGCGAGAGAUGCAUUGCUGAGAUUGCGUGGUGACUGUCCUACUGCAGGAUCAGAGCUUGAAAGGAUGAUAUCUGAAGUUAAAGAGGAAAUGCAAAAUUCAACGUCGUUUUUCGAUCUCUUCAGAAGAAUCAUUUACGUUAAAGCCAUUGUAAUUGUUUUUGGUUUCAAAUUACUUCAGCACAUAUCAGGGAUGAUUUCAUAUCAGAAAUUUUACUUUCGUAUACUUAAGGAGAGUGACUUAGUCAUUUCAUUUAAUACGUUGAUACUUAUAGCUCUCGGAGUUCAGACUGUUGCGGCUAUCCUUGCAACACUUCUAGUAGAUACGUUGGGUCGGCGACGUUUGCUGAUUUUCUCGUUCAUUGGUGCAAGUAUGUCCCUUGCUACGGCUGCGCCAUAUUUCUAUCUUCGAAGCGCCGUCCCUGCCGAACAAUUUCUGAAAUCCUGCGCUAAUGUGCCAUUAAUUGCGGUUCUUUUAUUCAUCUUCAUGUCUUUCGCCGGUUUAAAUUCGGUUAUAAGAUUGUUAGAGGUCGAAAUGUUCCCUAUAAAUGUAAGAAUUAUGGGUAUUGUCGCGGUACAUGUAUUUGGAUCAAUUGGUUUACCUAUCAACAAAUUGUAUUACACUGUAGAAGACGCGAUUGGAGUAGCUGGAGUGAUGGGUAUAUAUGCUUUGAUAGCUUUAAUAGGCGCAGUUUUUACAUAUUUUCUGCUCCCCGAAACUAAGGGUAAGAGUUUGAGCGAAAUUCAACACGCGCUUCAAGGGAAAAGGGGCAAAAAUGUCCAGGAAAUGACGAAUAUAGAAGGAAAUUUACACAGAUUUUAAGUUCUUACUUUAAAUUUGAUUAUAAAAAUAGACCUCUUUUGUUAUUGUAUUUAAAAAUAUAUACAGUGAAAUUAAUUUUAUUAUUUUUUC